AUGGACAUACCCAUAGUAGAAAAUGUCUUGGGAACUCUCGGCGCGCUUCUGCCCCAGAUUAUCAUAAACUACAGGAGACAUGAUACUGAGGGCUUACAGGGUUCAAUGAUGCUAUUAUGGGCAACGGCGGGGGUCCCUCUUGGGGUGUACAAUAUUGUGGAAGAGUUCAAUGUGGCUCUAAGAGUCCAGCCUCAGAUACUUACAACUCUCAGCCUUAUUACUUGGGCCCAGUGCCUAUAUUAUGGGAAGAGGUACUCUGUUACGAAAUGUAUUGCCGCGGUCGCUUCUCUUCUUCUGAUCCUCGGUGCCACCGAGGCAGGGUUAAUCUUUGCUUUAAAAGAAGCUCAUUCUCAUGGUAUCAGAUGGCCUCUUAUUUUGAUGGCUAUUUUAAGCGCAUGUUUGCUCGCAGCAGGCGUACUGAGGCAUUACUGGGAUAUUUAUGUACACCGGACUUUGGCACUUUGGUUGGGCAUAUUCGCAUGCGGUGGUGUUUUUAAUCUUUUGCCUUGGCUUGGAAAGCGAACAAAGAGACCAGUUGAGACACUGCAGGAUCCGGUAUCGCUGCAUCCGAUGCCAUCAUCAACGUCAGUUUUCAGGACCGCAUCUGGGCGUGAGGUAGUAGAAAGGCGGGGAUGGUCACAUACAUCGCAAACUUAG